AUGUUAAUACCCAAUCUUCUGUUCACCUUACUUGCAGUAGCCAAUGUGGCCUGCAGUUUGGUCCCACACUCCCAGACGCGCCAUAAUCCUGCCAUACCGGGAUGGCACAGCGACCCGAGUUGUGUCUUUGUCUCAGAGAGAGACAAUACCACAUUCUGCGCCUCUUCGACAUUCCUCCUGACUCCCGGGAUUCCCAUAUAUGCCAGCAAAGAUCUGACGACUUGGAAACUGGCCAGCCAUGCCCUUUCCCGAGAAAGCCAAUACCCGGAGUUCAACCUAUCCAUUGCCCAGACCGAUGGCAUCUGGGCACCGACACUUAGAUAUCAUCACGGGGUAUUUUAUGUCAUUGUCAUCUACAAGAACAACAUCGCUGGAAAGAGCACCGGAUUGAUCUUCAACACAACAGACCCUUUCAGCGACGAUGCUUGGACAGUUCCCAUUCAGUAUAACGCUGAGUUCAUUGAUCCCGAUCUUUUCUGGGAUGACGAUGGCGCAGCUUACGUUGCAAGUUCUGGGAUCAACCUUCAGACGGUGGACGUCACGACUGGUGCCAUGGGGGAGCCAAGCCAGAUCUGGAAUGGCAGUACCGGUAACUUCCUCGAAGGGCCUCAUAUCUACAAAAAGGAUGGUUACUACUAUCUUCUGGUAGCUGAGGGCGGCUCCGGACUCAAUCACUCGGUUACUAUCGCACGGUCUAAGGAUAUCUGGGGUCCGUAUCAGGGCUAUGAGAACAACCCUGUCUUGACAAAUAGAGACACCUCGGAGUACUUCCAGAACAUUGGGCAUGCGGAUCUGUUUCACGACAUGAACGGCAAUUGGUGGUCCUGCAGUUUGACCUGGCGCUCUGGACCAGAGGGAAAGACAUACCCGAUGGGCCGAGAAAUGGCGCUGACACCUGUGACCUGGAAGCAAGGAGAUUGGCCGUCCUUCGCUCCGGUACGUGGCAUUCAAGAGGGAUGGUAUCUGCCGCCUUCAAACAAUAUUCCCAGCGAUGGACCUUUCGCCAAUGAUCCGGACAUCAUUGAUUUUGAGCCCAACUCCACCAUUCCUCGCAAUUUCGGUUUCUGGCGAUGGCCUAAUAAAGACUCAUAUACCAUCUCGCCAGUGGGCCAUCCUAGAACACUGAUGCUGACGCCGUCAACUGCAAGCAUUACGUCUGGAUACAAGAACUAUACGGCUGGGUACGACGGUAAAGAGUUCACCCUCAUUAUGCGCCGACAGACCGAUACACUGUUCCAAUACAGUGUUGACAUAUCCUUUGCGCCAAAAUCCCAGGAUGAGGAAGCUGGGGUAACAGUGUUUCUAAACCAAGUCCAAAACAUCAACCUUGGUAUCACAAUGCUGCCAGCAAAUGCCACCAACGGUACGGGUUCGUCGCUGGCACCUCAUUUCCGCUUUCUUGUUUCUGGGCUUGGCAGUGACGAGAAAAAUAUACCCACACCUUUUGUUACACCCAUCCCACACUCUUGGCUGCAAGACCCCAUCCGCUUGGUGAUCCGUGCAGAGAAUGAAACACAUUAUGUAUUCUAUGCUGCCUCUAGUUCUCGCCCAUGGGAUAUUUUGAGACUUGGACAGGCCCCAGCCACAAUCGUGAGUGGUGGGGCAGGACCCUUCACAGGGUCAUUGGUAGGAGUUUACGCCACCAGUCCUAAUGGGAGGGGCGGCACUAAGUCGUAUAUCUCUAGGUGGAGAUAUCACGGCCUUGCACAGGAGAUUGGUAAUGGAGAUUUUGUUCACUCUUGA